CUGCGCUGUAGAAAUGUUGUGACGUCGUAAAUGUGAGACCCAAAUCAAAGCGCUACGAAAUAUUGCUGCGACCUGAAGUUCCCACAUGUCCUGCUUUCGGAAGCAGCUAACAUCAAACUGGUGACGAGCUGUCAUUUCCUCUAGAUCUGAGAAAGAUUCACAUAAGAAGGCUACAGCUCCAGGAGUGGGAUGAGACUGGACCUGUCUCGAGUGGCUCAGGGAUGUCGCCUGGGAGUUUUGACUGGACUGGGAAAAUCAGGGCAGCAUUCACUAGAGGUGCCCGGCUGUCUCCUGUACACUCGCUGUGCAACUGUUCCCCAUCUGACCCAGGACACAUUACACACUCUGAGAGACCUGCCAUCAGUCACUCAGGUGUCAGUGGAUAGCCUUGCAGAGCAUCAUGAGGUUCUGGAGGAAUUCAAAGAGGGUGUCAGAAAGUUUGCAGGUCUUCAUGAUACUGUGCUUUUUUGCUCUCUGCAUGAUUCUGCGAACACUAGCCCUGCCGGUCACGUCACCAACAAGACAGUGUCGGUGUGGGGCAGUGGUGGAAGGAUAGAGCUGACAGCGGCUAAGUUCGUGGCGAUUCAGGCAGCUAUCCAGCCGGACUGCUAUCAGAGCAUGGCAGACGGAGAGACCUGGCAGGCUGGUACCUCUCGCAAGAGAGUCCGCAAAGCAGUGGACAGGACUCUGGCCCAUCUGGAUGAAUGUCUGGUGUUGCACCAGAAAACUCAGGAAUUAAAACAGGCAGAGAUAUUUGGGGUUGUUGAGGGUGGAGACAUUAUUGAGGAGAGGCUCCGGUCGGCACGAGAGACUGCCAAGCGUCCUGUGGGAGGAUUUGUCCUGGAUGGAUUUCAUUCUGCUGCCAUGGACCAGGAUGUGAGGGCUCAGCUGAUUAAAGCGACUUCUGCAGAGCUUCCGCAAGAAAAACCCAGAUUGGUGCUGGGGGUUGGCCGUCCUGAUGAGGUCAUUAGCUGUGUUGAAGCAGGAGUUGACCUGUUUGAGAGCUUCUUCCCCUUCCAGGUGACGGAGCGAGGCUGCGCGCUCUCCAUCAACUACACCAUUGAUCCCGACCCUGAGACGGCAGGUACAUCAACCCCUACAGUGUUGGAAUUCAACGGAGAGAUGCCUGCUGUCAAGAAGCUGAACUCAAAUGGUGAUGAAAAUAUGAUGCCUUUCGAAAUGAACCUCAGAGAUAAAAGGUAUCAAGAUGAUUUCCGCCCACUUGUUGAGGGCUGUGGCUGCUACUGCUGUAAAAAGCAUAUGAGAGCGUAUGUUCAUCAUUUACUGGUGACCAACGAGCUGCUCGGCGGUGUUUUACUCAUGCUACACAACAUGGAGCAUUACCUUGGUUUCUUCAAAGCGCUGCGGGAGGCAAUAGCCAGGGACUGUCUGCAGAACUUUAAAAAUAGAGUGCUCCAUUGCAGAGAAGGUGAUUGAAAUGAUUGAAGGACUUCAGGCAAAAAAAACAAUGACCAAAAGAACACCUACAUCAGAGCAUACUUAAGGCUUUGAUUUCAGAUUAUGUGUCUCAUGAAUAUAAAGCUGGAUUCUGAUGCAUGCGCUGUUGCAAUGCAAAAUAUCAGACAAAAGGUGCUAAUAUGAG